AUGUCGUCCUCACAAUCGAGAGGCGGCGGCGAACGCAUGAUCCACCAGGACUACAUUGCCAGGAUACGGUACUCCAAUGCGCUCCCUCCUCCGCCGAACCCGCCCAAGUUGCUCGACAUUCCCAACACAGGGCUUGCGAGCGGCCAGUACACCGCGCCCGGCUUUGCGUCACGCCUGGCGCGCGAGCAGCCGUUGAACAUUGAGGCGGACGCUGAGCUGGGCAUGCCGCUGAGCUUGGUAGGCAUGCCGGGUGUUUUUGAUGGGGAUGAGAGCUGCAUCCAAGCUACCGGCAAACCACAAACCAUCCACCCCCACGACCGCCUCCUCCUCCGUCCCCUCGCGACCCUCGGAAAGCCCAAGCUAGGCGACACAGCCGUCUCCUUCCUGCGACGCACCGAGUACAUCUCCUCGGUCCAAGCCAAGCCGCGCCCGGCCGACUCCGUCUUCCUCAAGCAAUCCUCCGGCAACGCCGCCAAGCGCCCCGAGAAACGCAAGGCGUCCCCCGAGCCGGACAAGGGCACACCGGCCUGGAUCCGCCGGCGCAUCGAGAAGAGCUUCGAGGUCGCAGCCGCCAACCUCGCCGAACGCACCCGCGUCAAGCACCCCUCAAAACGCAACCUCAAAGUCGUCGACUCCUUCCCGCUCCUCCCCGACCUCGAGGCCUUCCCCGACUCGGGCGCCUACGUGACCGUCAAGUUCAGCACCAACCCCGUCAACGCCACCGACGCGUACGACACCCGUCUCCUCUCCGGCAUCUUCAAACCCAUCGAGCGCACCGCCGCCGAGGAACAACUCUACGAAAACGCCCGCGCCGCCUGGGAAGCCGACCCAACCCAACCCAAACCCUCCCAAAUGAUGAACUACGACCUCUUCCUCCCCGCCGACACGUUGACGGGGGAGCACUUCCGCGCCAAAUUCGACGUCGACAACGCCGGCCGCGACAGCGCCGCCCUCUACACCAGCACCGAAGCAGGCGGCAGCUUCCGCUUCCCACGCGUGCGCGCCUACGAAACGGCGCAGGAGAAAGAAAUGGACCACGACAACAAGUACGACGAGGAAGUGAUCCUCGCCUUCCGCGACGACGAGGGCGCCUCCCGCGGCCGCACCGACGAUUCUGCCGCUAAGGCUGUCUACUACUACCCUGUCAUGCAGCGCACCACCAUCCGCAACCAGCGCACCAAGAACAUCGCGCGCACCAUUGGCAUCACUGACGACGAGGAGACGCAUCUUGAUGAGCUGCAUGUGCGUGUUGAUGAGCCCAGUGAGGAGUUGUUGGGCGAGCUGGCCCGGUACAAGGUGCAGCCUGUGGGUGAUUUGCCUGAUGAGGGGGAGGAAGAAGAGGAGGAGGUUGAGGAGGUGGUGCAGAGCUAUGAGCGGGAUGAGGAUGAUGUGGAGCCGGGGUAUCGUAGGCGGGAUGAGGGCAGCGCGAGCCCGGCUGCGAAUGGUGGGCGGUAUGAAGGGGAUGAGGAUGCUGAGGGUGAGGAGGAGUAA